AUGUCAUAUAAUGUGACAGCAACUCAAUGUAAAAAUCAAAACGGUUCCUCUUUACCUCGCGUGCAAAGGCCUAACAGUAAUCAAUUUAUUUUCAUGGAACGCAGAUUAUAUGAACGACUUCGUAAUGUUACGGAUCUUUAUAUUUUAUUAAUAUUCAGAUGGAUCAUGAGAUCAGUAUUCGUUUUUAGCCUAGCAAUGAAUUAA